AUGUGGUCGACUGCACGCGAAAUCGCAGCCGGGGACGUCGUGAUCAUCUGGCUGACAAGAGACCUCAUUCAGCCCUUGUUAAUCACCCCCGGAAAAGAGCUCAACAGCAGAUUCGGCGUAUACCGCCACGCAGACCUCGUCGGCGUCCCAUAUGGCUCCAAAAUAGGCUCGCGCAACGGCAAGGGCUUCAUCCACGUCCUCAGACCCACCCCAGAGCUCUGGACGCUCGCCCUCCCCCACCGUACGCAGAUCCUCUAUCUCGCAGAUAUCGCUUUCGUCUGUUCAUGGCUCAACAUCAAGCCUGGCAGCCGCGUCAUCGAAGCUGCAAGCCAUCGCAAAUCCCUUGAUUUGCUCGACGAUUCAUCGCCCUGUGUGCUGCGGAUGCGGAAAGUCGCAAGUUGGUCAGACGAGUCUUGCACUGGCUCUGGCUCGUUUUCGCAUUCCGUGGCUCGCGCAAUUGGGUCUAGUGGUCACCUCUGGUCAUAUGAAUUUCAUGAAGCGCGCGCAAACAAGGCCAGGGAAGAGUUCACUCGCCAUGGCAUGGACCCCAUUGUCACGCUCACCCACCGGAACGUGUGCAAAGACGGCUUCACAGUUGUUGACACGGUUGACUCGGUUUUCCUUGACUUGCCUGCCCCGUGGGACGCUGUGGAACACGCCAAGAGGGCCCUAAGAAAAGACCGCAUAACGCGGAUCUGCUGCUUCAGUCCGUGUAUGGAGCAAGUACUCAGGACGGUUAGUGCGUUGAACGACGCCGGUUUCACGGACAUCACUAUGUACGAAACGCUGUCUCGUCCACACCAAGUCGACCUCGCGCCCGCUCUACUGCCGAUAAGCGAGGUCGGUGAAAGGUUGAAGAGGGCGGAGCAGCGCAGAGAGGAGAAACGAUUACGGCAAAUUGCCAAUGCGCGUGCCGCCGCGGGGAAGCGGAAGCGGACUGGCGAAGGGGAGGAUAAUGACGCGGACGCGGCGGGGAUCGCGGGAAAAAGACAUAAGAUGGGCGGCGACGGAGAUCUCAAAGGCAGCGAGCCUGAACAAGCGCCCGCCACGUUUGACUCCGAUCCUGCGCCGGCAAAAUCGGAGGAAUUGCCGUCUGUUUCGGCGUCUCCUCCUGGCGCUGUCGCAUCAUCGCCGGCGGCGGACAAGAUUGGCCUCUCGAAAGCGUUCCCUGAAGUGCGAGGGCACACAUCAUACCUCACCUUCGCUUGCCUGCUGCCACUGUCCUUGAGCGCUGCGGCCGCUCUGGAGCCAAAUACAGACGCUUCCGACGUGGAGCCACCUUUCCAGGCAAGUGAAAAUAAGGAUAAUACUACUGGUCUAACUGCUGUGUAA